AUGGAUGAGCCCGGCGAUGAGGUUCCCGCUGACGUACUUCAGACUUUGAAGGAGAUGACGGCGGCGGUGAAGAGGAAGUCCCAGUCCCGCGGCAAAGACUUCGGGGACGUGCAAUAUGUAGUCUACGUGGGGAGCCUGGACCUCCGUGAUUCCAGCAAAACGCUGAGACCAGGCACCAAGGUUCGGCUGAAGCUCUACUGCGACACCAGAGGUGUGGGCGGCCAUGAUGUGGAGGUCACGGACCAGCCUGUCACUGUGCCGGAGGAGGUUCAAGCCGCGGCAGAGGAUGCUGAGGAGCGGGAACGGAAGCCCAGAUACAUGCGCUUCUUCGAGAACAAGUUGGGGCCUGGCUUCUCCUUCCAGCAGGUGGCGGAGGAGGAACGGCAGGUGCUCGACGGCUGCUACGAGGGCGAGGUGGUGCGCCGGGCGAAGACCUACGCCUGGAUCCGGCCGCUGGAUGCCGCCGCCAUGCCCGAGGAGGUCCGCGAGAAGCUGCAGGAGAUGUGCGAUGGGUUUCGGAAGAAGGCGGAAGACGGGGGCAGGAAGCCUUUCUGCGGAGGCAUCGAGGAGAAUGUAGUGUAUGUGGCCAACCCGGAUCUCUCCACCAAGGGAACAAUCCUGAGCGUGGGGAUGAAGGUGAGCUUCAAACUCUACGUGGACAACAAAGGGGUGGGGGGCUACGACGUGUUGCCGUCCCAGGAACACAUCGAGAAGAUGCUCUUGGCCAUCCGUGCCAACUUCGAGACGGAGGAGGGCAAGAGGAAGUCUUUGAAGCUGAAGGACGUCUUCGGGGAACCCCCCAACUUCAAGGACGUGCUCUUCGUGGGCGAGUGCACGCACGCCUUUUCGCUGGCGGCAGGCCGGCUUCUGGGCGUGAUGCCCUUCGCCGGCGCUGCGGAACACCCGUACCAGCUGCCUUGCGCCUGGUGCUCCACAGAGCUUCAGUGGCCCAGAACUCUCGAGAAGAAGCUUGAGCUCGACCUGGUCGACAACAUCAAGCUCCUUCGCUCCAAGGGGGUCUGGUGCGCUGACGGCAUCGACGGCCUCAAGCUGCAGCAGUCCUUGGAGAAGGCCAAGUGUCCCACCACACGCUUCAACACCGUCUUUUGGAUGAUGCCUUACGUGCCUGACCGGCAAUGGCGACCUCCUGCCAGUAUUGGCAUCAUGAUGCACUACUACAUCCAGGCCUACGUGGAGUCUGCUGCCGCCUUGUGCAAGGAUGAUGGGCAGGUUGUGGUGGUGGUUACUUCGGCCCAGUGCCUAAGUUGGAACCUCUACAACUGCAAUCCCUCCUUCGCCGGCCGCGAGCUGAUUCCAGAGGUCUGGUGGUUCGAUGUGUCGCCCUUCGAGCGGCACGGGUACCAGUCCCGCUUCGGCGAUGGCCGCGACCGCUACGUGGAUCAGCCCGUGUUUCACAGGCUAUGUGACACCGUGGCGGUGUGCUGGAAGACGAAGCAGCGAGAAGCCGAAGAAGUUGAAGGGGUGACAGAAGAUGAGAUCGCGGCUCGCAAGAAGCUGCUGGAAGAGAUCGGCAAAGAUCCGACGGUGCAACAGGUCCAGCAGGUCCAGGUCCAGCAAUGGCACAACCAGCUGGCCGAGUCGCAGCGACUUUCGACGCAGGGCUACAGCUGGCCAAGGCCGACAACGGCCUGGUCUCCACAGAUCAACGACCCGCCGGAGGUGAUUCCCCCCAACGAGGUGGUGGCCGAGCGCCGGCGCCAGUUCGGCGACCGGCUCUUUCGCCUCUGGGUGGAGGACGACGUGCCGGGCCGCGGGGUGCGUGUCCACGCGCUGGAUACCACCAGCUUCCUCCGGAGCUGUGUGGAGUUUUCGGACCUAGACGUCCAGGCCAUGUUCGACCAUUGGUUUUUCCGACUAGCCAGGAGCCACCAGAAUUCCCUGGCGGCCCCGCUCACGCAGUUUCUUCUAUGCCUCUUGGACGCGGCCUAUUUCCAAUUGGAGGGCGGCCACUUGCGGCUCCGAGUGCCAGCAGAGAUCCCCCCGCUUCCACCAGAGCCGGACAAGGAGCUGAUCGAGGUGCCAGCCUACAAGGCUUCCCCGACCAGCAGUGCGGCACCACUGACUAAGGAGUGGAUCCGAGACAAGCUCCUGGUGCCACGAAGCAUGGUGGGCCGGUCCACCUCCCGGUCGAGCGGGGGCUACAGCUGCUACAGCCGUGGCCAAGGCGCGCCGCACGCGCCGCGCCCAUCUUCAGCGAGGAGACCUCCGUUCUCGCGAGUGCGAAAUCGCGCUCCGUGUCACAACCAAGUUGGAGCAUGUCCGAAAUGGCGCCGUCGCCGGAGGCUUCCUGUGAGUCUGAAAGGCCGCGGUCCGCCCGCCGCAGACCAUCAGGUCAUCCACCCGGUCUCCGUGUGCGGCGUCCGCUGGAAGAGCGGGAGAAGGCCAGCGGAUUUCAGCCAGCGCCGCAGGCAUCCCGGCGGCUCAGGCCAGCCUCUGCGAAAGUGCACAAGCACAAGCGAGUGGCAGAAGCCUGGGGGCACGACGGCCAUGACAUCUACGAUGACUUGGAGCCAAGCAUUGCGGGCGACCUCGACCACUUUGACGCUCAGGAGCGCAGCGCUGACCAGGGCUGUUUUCGAGACGCUGGAGCCGACGGUGCCUCCAGGGGGCUGGCUCCAGGACCGGGCCUGACGCCAAGCUCCACCAACGACAUCUUUUCUAGCUGCAUCUAAGGUGAAACAGAGCCUGGAGAUGUGGCGCGAGUAAAAGCGGUGA